GAUUAUCAAAACGCCAUCAUCGCUCAGUAGAGAAGGAAUAGCUUCACCAUCUUCUAGAAGAUGAACUCUCUUCAUCGCAUAGCACGAUCGAUCACACACACAAUCCCUUCUUCUAGGGCUCCGCAUACCCUCCCCUCGAUUCUCACCAAUUUCAUGUCCACAAAGCCCCCUCGAAACGACGAAGACAAAUGGAACGACGCGUGGGAAUCAGCUUGGCUCCCAGACGAUCUCACCGACAAGACGCGAGCGCCGUGGGAGAAUGACGUGAACUUCCCUUCCACCGAGGAGGAGAUCGAUGUGGAGGGGAAGGCGUUUGUGGAGGAUAUGAAGGAGCAUUGGGACGAGAGGAGAGGGAAGAGCGGGAAAAAGGAAGAGGAGAAGAAAGAGAUUGGAGGAGGAGAGUCGUUGUAUAGCGUGGAGACGAUGAAGAAAGAUUAUAGGUUGAGGAAGCAGAGAGUUCAUGCGUCUCUGUGGGUUAAGGAGAUUGAGAAGUUGGAGGAAGCUAAGUUGGGUGAUUCUGGUGGUGGUGGUGAUGAUAUUGAUAGGCUUCUUGAUAGCUGCUCUGAGAUUUUCGACUCGGUAGACCAUGAUUUCGACAAAUUAGAAGUCUCGAGUGGAUCUGAACUGAAAAACAAGCCUGAUGGUUGGGAAUCAACAACAAAGGAACAAGAUGGGAAUCUCUGGGAAAUGUCACAAAGAGAAGAAGACAUUCUUCUCCAAGAAUUCGAUCGCCGUAUUUCCUUUUGCAAAUUUCAGAUAGCUAGUUUUAUAAAGCAGCACAUAUUCAGCAGGAGGAGACCGAUUGAUGGGUGGAGAUAUAUGAUCGAAGUGAUUGGUCCAAAUGCUAGAAAAGGCAAAGGUAGUGUUUCUAGGCUCCCUGCUUUGUCUGAUGUGUCGACUCAACCCUUUAAAGAAGAAAGUGGUAGUCUCAGUACCUGCAAGCGUCGGUCCAACAGAGAUUUGUGAGACUUAAGGAGGAGUUCAUGACAAGGGUUCUAUAUAGUGUCGCAAUGUUGUUAAAUUUGUGAGGAUCUACAGAUUCUGGCACGUUUAGAACAAAUACGCUUUAGAGCCUAAGUUUGCAGAUAUGAAUCUGAGGUUGUGAACGCAAGAGUUGUUUUUUUAUAUAUGUUUGAUCUAAGCUUUUUUUCCUUUUGAACAUCUGAAAAAUGUGUGAUCUAUAAGUUAUCUGACGAUAGUUGGUCAGACAACUAGCCUUUUUAAACUUUAAACU